ACCAAUAAAAUAAGUCAUGUGAACAAUUUGAUGUUAUGCUGUGUUUGUAAGUGCCUGUAUAUAUAAUUGCACUUUUUAAUUCUGCCUUUUUUAACAUGGUGCACAUAGCAAUACUUUGUGUCCAGGUACACAGCCCAGCUAACCACUGUACAAAGGCCUUUUAGCACAGAGACUCCACGAGACCACGAGCAGAGAAUCAACCGACACAAACUACUCUCCAUCAAAUCAUCAAACCAAACACCACUACUUUCCUCUCCAACUUCACGACGCCGGAGAUGCCACCGGCCGGCGACGACGAGUCGCCGGCGGCCACCGGCGACGGCUACUCGAAGAAGGUCCUGCAGGGCCGGUACGAGCUCGGCCGCGUGCUCGGCCAGGGCGCCUCCUCCAAGGUGUACCGCGCGCGCGACGCCCGCACGGGCGCCCACGUCGCCGUCAAGGCCAUCCGCAAGCAGCAGCAGCCGCACCACCACCCGUCGUGCCGCUCGCCCGAGGCGGCCGCCGCGGCGCGGAGGUGCGUGGAGGUGGAGCGGGAGGUCGCCGCGCUCCGCCGCGUGCGCGGCCACCCGCACGUGGUGGCGCUCCUCGACGUGCUCGCCACCCGCUCCACCGUCUACCUCGUCCUCGAGCUCGCCAGCGGCGGCAGCGUCCUGUCCGCGCUCGACAGCCGCGGCGGCGGCCACUACGACGAGCCCGCGGCGCGCCGCCUGUUCGCGCAGCUGGCCUCCGCGGUGGCGCACGCGCACUCCCUCGGCGUGUUCCAUCGCGACAUCAAGCCGGAGAACCUCCUCCUCGACGAGCGCGGCGACCUCCGGCUCACGGACUUCGGGCUCAGCGCGUUCGCCGACGCCGACCAGCACCUCGGCGCCACAGACGGCCUCGCCGCCACGCACUGCGGCUCCCCGGCCUACGUCGCGCCGGAGAUCCUCCUGAAGCGGCGGUACGACGCCAGCAAGGCGGACGUGUGGUCCUGCGGCGUCGUGCUCUUCGUGCUCACCGCCGGCUACCUGCCGUUCAACGACGGCAACCUCAUGGCCAUGUACCGGAAGAUCUGCGCCGCUAAGUUCCGGUGUCCAAAAUGGUGCUCGCAGGAGCUCCGCUCCCUUAUCGGGCGGAUGCUUGACCCGGAACCCGAUACCCGCAUCAAGAUUGGUGAAAUCUUCGAUCACCCUUGGCUCCAACAAGAUGGGAGUUCAUCAUCAUUCGGUAUGAUCCAAGCUGCGUCCUCUCAUUCUAAACCAGAGGUAGAGAAAUGGGAGGCUGAAUUGGAGCAAGCAAUGGAGCUAAAUGCUUUCGACAUAAUCGGGUUCGCCUCGGGAUGCGAUCUAAGCGGGUUGAUCGGUCCAUUGCCAGAUCGAGUUCGAUUCGUCUUGCCGGGUGGGGAUUCCAAGUCAGUUCUGGACAAAGUUGAGAAGCUAGGGCGAGAGGAAGGGCUUGUAGUGAGGAGGAAAGAGGAAGAAUGGUGUGGAGGAGUUCAUGUAGAGGCAACUAGUGGGAAAUUCACUGCAUAUGUGAGGGUUAAUCUAUUGCCCAAGAAAAUACUGAUGAUAGAGGCUGAAAGGGUUAUUGGAAGCGAGAUUCCUAAAUUUUGGCAUCAACUUCAGAUUGGUAAUCUAUUAGUAAGAAAAUGAGUAAAUGAUGAACACGCUUUUAUGCAAGAGAUUGUAAAUAUAUAUAACAGAAAAUUAGUUUAGAGUGUUCAAAAUACUUGGAUAUAACACUUGGCAUUUAGGAUACUCCCUCCAUUUUAAAAAAUUCUUGGCGUUUCGGACAUAACAACACGAUCUCCGAAAACUAAUUUUUACCACUAUUUUCUAUUACAAUAUUAUAGAAGUAUUAGUAAUAUAUGAUUUUAUUGAAGUACAUCUAAUCAAAAUACUUUAGAAGUUAUUCAGAGUUAAACUUUUUAAAGUUUAACAUUAGUUAUGUUUAAAACGAUAAUUAUUUUUAACCUAGAGGGGGUAAUUGACCGUGGACGUUUUUCACAUAUGUAUAUCUUGUAAAUAAAUACAGAAAUAUGGAUACGGAAAUCAUCUCAUUUUGCCUUGUUACCGCAAGUAGCUGCCACAGAUCUUCAAUAGAAUCUCCCGCCUGAUACUAGUACUGAUAAUGUUCUCUUGUUUACGCAUUCUGUCCAUGUCGGAUCAAAUAAACAUGACAAAGUGAUGACUUUGGAUGAGAAAA